UUGACAGACUUUGUGAAACAAAAUAAACAUUAAAUUAUUUUAUAAUAAAUCCUGAUAAUUUUUUGAUGAAGGAUGAACUCCUCUCCAGGUUUUCCCUCAGCUGCUCACAGGCUGAACAUCCUUCAGGCCACAGAUCCGUUUUGUAUCAAAACCCGGAGACAAACCCAGAGCAGAACCGGAAAAGCAGGAGCGGGAUUUCAAAAUAAAAGCUGGCUCUUUGUAGAAAGGCUGUAAAAUAAAAGCUGCGGGUGAAAAAUUCUGAAACUUAAAACUAAAAAUUAAAUUUGUUUUAUGUUCACAUCUCUGUCAGCUGAUUCACACAGCUGUUACUGUUUGUUUUUAUUGUUUGUGAUGAGCUCUGAAGCGCGUGCGCGUCACUUCCGGGUAGAUCCGCGCGCGUUGACGCCACACGGAGGCAGCCCCAGACUCCGCACGCAUCCUCACGCCACUGACCCGGGCUCCGCCGCGUCCUGCAUGUGUGUGCGUGUGUGUGUGCGCGCGCGCGAGCUGGGAGUGUGAGUGGUCCCCAGAAGAGCAGCAGCGGGAUGGAGGGUCUGAAGGAGAACCUGAGGGGAACUUUGGACUGACGCCCGCGGGGGGAUCACGAGCCGUCGGCCCGAACCUGGUCGGGCUCCUUGUGGAUUUACCCGGUUCGGAUGUUCUCCUCUCCUCUGGUUCCGUCUCCUUCCUUCCAGAAUGCCUUUUUCCAAGCGGGUCGUGGAGCCGCAGCUGCUGUGCCGACACCAGAUCCCGGACGAUGAGGGUCUGCUGUUCGAGGACCUGUGCGCCAUCAGUAACGUGGUUCUGUCCCGGACCCUGCGGCAGCUGUCCGAGCUCGCGCGGCACGCCUGCUCCCUGUUCCAGGAGCUGGAGACCGACAUCCUGAACACGAACCAGCGCGUCUGGGUCCUCCAGAACCGGAUAGGCCAGAUCCAGCAGACCGCCGGGGCCCUGGACCCCAAAAAGGAGGCUGUGCCCGUGUCAAACCUGGACGUUGAGAGCAAGGUGUCGGCUCAUUAUCAGGCUCCAUGGCAUCAGCAACACAACGUUUUCCACCCCUGCACCCGAGCCCCGUGUCUGGAGGAGCUGCACAGGAACGCCCAGCUCAGCCUCAGAGCUCUGCACCGAGAUGAACAGCAGCAUCAGAGUUCCUCCAGUCGGGAGAGGAACAGGGUGACCAUCUCCAUCUCCGUGGCUCCGCCCAUGCCCACCUUUCCCUCACCGCACAGCAUCCGCCGCCAACAGAGGAGCCGCCUGGCACGAGCGCAGGAGAGAGCAGAGAGGGAGCGGGAGCUGGACUAUCAGCCAAGGAAGGAGAGGACUGUGAGGGAAACAGAGAUCCAGACUACAGAGAAAAAAGAGAGGCCGUCCAGGGAGGCAGACGGUCAAACUAUCCAAAGAAAGUUUGARUGCUUUUAUUCACUUGACACUGUUGAAGGUUGCAUCUUCAUUCCAUGGAACAGAAAGGGUCCCUCUACGGAGGAAGGUGAAGUGACGGAGAAGUCGGGAGGCCAAAAGGCCAAGGACUUGGUCCGCAGUGCCCCCCCAACCCAGGACAAACAGACCAGCUGGUCCAAGGAAAACAUCCCGCCUUCAGAUCAGAUAUCUGAUGAUUCUAACGCCGUCCCCUCGUGCAUCAUCCCCAUUAACGUUACAGGUUCUGUCGUUAAUGCAGGAGUCGGGUUCGACCGCGAGGCCAGCGCUCGCUGCUCUCUGGUCCACUCCCAGUCAGUCCUCCAGAGGCGGAGGAAGCUGAGGAGGAGGAAGACCAUCACGGGGAUCCCCAAACGAGUCCAGCACGACAUGGAUUCUGAUGAAUCGCCGGUAGCACGAGAGCGGACCGUGAUCAUCCACGCCCAUCAGCACCACCUGUCCCUGUGUCAGGAGGACAUCUCAAUCAGUGGUCGUCUCCAUCACACCCGGGACUCUGGCUGCCAGACGGACGAUUUCCUUAUAGCUUGUACUGCUGCUCCCUCCAGGAGACGGAUCCGAGCUCAGCGCAGCCAUCAGGGAAUCCCUGCCUCUCUGUCUCAUUCAACGGGCAACAUUUCCUCCCUGGGUGAUCAGUCGGACUCCACGUACACCACGGCAUCGGCACACGGCGGGCGCUUGCGCUCACGCAGCCUUCCACGGGAGGGUGGGCGUCUGAUGGACAGCGAUGAGGACGACGAUGACAAUUAUGACGAUGACGACGACGAUGAAGAGCUGUCGCCGUAUGAGGCAGAGGACUUCAUUCCGCCAGGACCAAGUCCAAGAAUGAAGAUGAUGCUGAUGAAGGACGAAGAGGAGAGCACCGACGAUCAAGCAGCUCCUGAGCCGCUGCAGCUAGGAAGCCUGAAAAGACUCCAGCGAUCGGGUGAAAGAGACCGAGGGGGUGGAGGAGGGGGGAGUCCAGAGCACAGCUGGAUGGAGAGGGGUCGGUCUCGUUUGCCCCGAAAGACUGACAUGGGCAGCUGUGAGAUCUCUUCCAGUUCUGACACUUUCAGCAGCCCUAUUCACUCGGUGUCAACAACAGGAGUUCUARGCAGUCACGUGGACCACAAGGAAGACCACCAGUCGUCAAGUGGGAACUGGAGUGGUUCCAGCUCCACCUGCCCCUCACAAACAUCUGAAACCAUUCCUCCGCCCUCGUCGCCGCCCCUCACAGGCUCGUCCCACUGUGAUUCGGARCUUUCACUCAACACCGUACCCAAUGCCAUUGAUGAAGGAUUUUCUCUGGACCCUUCAUACCACUCUGACCUCAGACCCCAGAGCCAGGGCCACAGGUCCAGCUCAUUUACAUCCUCAGCAACAGACCAGAUGGAUGAUGCGGGGGUAAGCACGGCCAGUGAAGGGGAGUGGACAUACCCGCCUGAUCAAGACCAGAUUGAUCCGGACCAAGACCUAGAUCACACCCCAAACUUGAGCGAAAGCCAUGAGUUGAUCCAAGAAUACAGCUCAAAACAAGGUUUGGAUGACCAGACCUGUUUCAAUGACAAAGCUAGCAAUGCUGAAAAGGAGCCUGGCUCUCAAUACCGAUCUGAUACAGAAGAUUUCUACUCAUCCUCUGUGAAUUUUGACACUUGUAAUCAGAGUUACACAGCAUAUAAAUGUAACUAUGCAGACCCGGGGCCUGAUUGUGCUCAGUCCAACACUGUGACGAUACAAUCAUCCCAUGGAGGUUACCCCCAGCCCUUAGUUGACUUCAAAGCUGGCACCAUGACCCUAGGUAGGACUUGUCGUUCCCUGAGGAAAUCAAAAGUCAAACCUCCUCCACCAAAACGGACAUCCUCAUUGAAGGAACCAAUUGGCAGCGUUGACGUCGGAACAGACACGCAAGCAGAUAAGGACGAACCAAAGAUGGUUAGUGAGCAAGAACUCACCUCGUCUUCCACAGAUAUGAAGCUAGAACUAGAUCUAGAGAUUGGAGGUGCCCCAGAACCACUGCAGACUUCCUGUCUAGUUGGGGAGUCUUUGGGCAGUUGGGGCAUGGGACUGGGGGGAGCCAUGGACAUAGUAGAGCCCAUGUCCUUCACUUCUGCAGAUACACACUCAUUUAAGGAUGAAGGUGCUGUGCAAUCUGACUAUGCAGACCUGUGGCUUCACAACAGUGAACUGAAGUCUAACAAUGGUGAGUACACGUCAAUGUCCAACUCCAGCACAGCCACAGGCACCACCGUCAUGGAGUGUAUCAAGUCACCAGACAGCUCUUCCUCUUCCACAGAAAUGCAAACCCAGGCCAUUGCCCAGAUUACCGAGACCAAGGUAAGCAGUCCACCUCUUCCACCAGGAGACUUUAAGCUCGGGUCGCCUGAAAAACUGGCAGGCCUAGCCUCACCGUCAAGCGGCUAUUCCAGCCAAUCUGAAACUCCAACAUCAACUCUGCCCUCAUCUUCAGCAGCAUUCUUCCCAGGACCUCUGUCCCCUUCGACUGGUAAGAGGAAGCCCAAAGUUCCAGAAAGGAAAUCAUCUCUCUCUUCCUUGCAGCAAUUUCCCAGAGAUGGAGCUUCUAUUUCGUCUUGCAAUAAGAAGGACAGUGAUUUCCCACCUCCACCCUCUCAACUUGAUCUCAACGCUCUCCAUGGCGGCUAUGUGAGGCACACGUUAUCCCACCGAACAUACCACAUGCACACACUCCACCACAGCAAACACAGAGUUACUAAUGUUUUAGCUGCUGGAACAAAGAUGGCGGUCCCUGAGACAUCAAACAGCAAUCAACCACCAAGUUCAAGCUCUGCUUUGGCAAUUCCCAGCUCAAGUCUGGUGAUGGUAACUCCAUCUGCUCCUCGUUCUGGACAGCUUAUUUCGGUUAGCCAUACUACAGAUGUACAGAGUACUUCAGCAACAUACCACGAAACAACAAAUGCAGCAGAGACAGUAACAAGACCCAGAUGUCCCCCCACUGGUUCCACUUUAGCUCCUCCACCUGUUAACACUAGGCCCCUCCCUCCUCGCAGGCCACCACCAAGACCACCAUGUCAUGACCACACCUCCUCACCUGAACACUCGCAACCACCUCCCCCAGGCCGUCACCCCGACGGACCUCCAUCCUAUGAAAGUCUGCUACUGAGACAGGACCGCUAUGGACCGGGAACCUUCUGGGCUAUGACUGCCUUCAGAAACAGGAUGGACCCAACGUCAGACCACUCUGAAGACAGUUCCCCCCUCCACAGACCUGUGCCACGAGCUCCCCACCCGUCACCCGUGGAUUUGCACACACACAUCCAUUCACACGCAGAGUUCCGAGGCCUCAGCCACUCRUCUCACGCACACUCUGAGUUUAGGGUUCUGGGGGAGCGCUCGUUUUCUCAAGAUGACGACGACGAUGACGAUGAUGAAGAGGAGGAGGAAGAGCAGGCGAAAGAGUCACAAAGGGCCACGUGUUACAGAGGCAGUGUGCGAACUGACCACCCUCCUCCACCGGCGUACGAAUUUGCCGGGGGAUCCCAUUCAAACUCAGGGUCAUGGGCUAGUCCAGUCAAAGUGCCUGGUAACACGAUGGAGACAUCGCAUCCUUACCUAAUCAGCGAUGCAAGAAGAGCAGGGCAGGAAGUGCACGAAGAGGAAAAAGAGGUGAUAUCAGGUGCUACCAGAAGUGCCCAUCAGCAUCAGCAGCCCCAGGAGAGCAAAGAUGACUCCACCACUCCUGACACUGAGGAUUACUUCAGUAAAGGGAUGUUGUGUGCCACAGAUUCCACACCCAGUGAUAAUUCCCUCUCCCCUCUGAUGGACGAUACCAAAGUGGAUGAUGAUAUUAUCAUCACGUCACCUAACAAGACCCGAACCACCGAGGACCUGUUUGCCAUGAUACACAGGUCCAAGAGAAAAGUCCUAGGCCGUAAAGAUUCAGGGGACCUAAACGUGAAGUCUCGUCUUUGUCCUGCAGCACCGCUAACCCCCAGCAACGUCCCCACCAGCGUCGUCCCUCCAGCCCCGCCUCUUAACUUUCCAGCCACCAUAGCCAAUGCCGUUGGGUCCCAACGAGCCCCCGUGCCAAUUUACCGCAGCGCUAAAAAAUCCAGCACGUCCAACGAGGAGUUCAAACUUCUCUUGCUGAAGAAAGGCAGCAGGUCUGAUUCCAGCUACCGCAUGUCAGCCACAGAGAUCCUGAAGAGCCCCAUCACCCCCAAAACACCGGGGGACCCCCUUCAGGAAGGGCCUUUCAGACAAGCCGAGGAGCUACCAUCUGCACUUCAGGAGCCUGCCAUUUCUGGCUUUGACCCGAUCCAAAUACCAGGCCUUUUCCCCAGAGCCAACUCCGAGAGCUUCACUCCGAAAACCCUGCCCAUGUCAGCCGCCUCUCGACAAGGACGCUCUCGGAUCCCUCCUGUGGCCAACAGCAGCCGCUACAGCACACGAAGCCGCCUCUACACGGCGCCCAUGCAAGCCAUCUCUGAAGGGGAUACAGAAAACUCAGACGGUAGCCCUCAUGAUGACAGAUCGUCAUAAAAUCCCUUCAUGAGGUUUUUUUCUUUCCAUAGUUGUGGUCUGCCUUUUCUCCCUUUCUAAUCUUGGAUUUCGGUGCAUUAGUUGGAUUCUUUCUACUACAAGUAAAAAAAACAUGACUGUUGCUGAAACGCACCCAGUUCCAUUUACACUAUUCUGAGGGUGGAAGGCUUGUGAGACAGUGAAUAAAAAAUUAAAAGGGAUUAAUAUGAAAUCUUAUAGGCAUAUUUGAAUAUUUUAUGUAAAGAAUAGCUCUCGUAUUAAAAACUGCAAGACCUAUUUUGAUUGAGCUGCCUUUUUUCAAAAAGAAAAACAAAAAAAAAUUUAAAAAAACUGUCCCAAAAAUUUGGAAAUUCACAGAAUAUAUGGUGUGGAUUAAAGUGUGUGUGAAGCGCACACAAAACACUAAUAUUUCCACUUUUUGUGUUUUGAAUAGUGUGGGUGCGAAUGUGUCAUAAAUGGAAACGGAUUUAUUUUUGUUUUAUUUUUUUCAAAAUGGUUCUAACUAAAAAGGUGCCGAACGCAUCGACCUGACUUCCUAGAGUUUUUACUCAAUAUUCCUGCCAACAAGUCAAGCCUGCUUGAUGUUACUACCAACAUUCUCAGCACCAGUUUAUCUAUAUUUCCAUCUGCAGACCAGCUACAGAGUAUAUUACACAAAGCCAACCUUAUAUUUGUCAACAAAAACAAUAUCCAAAAAAAAAAAAACAUGAUGCAUGUAUUUUUGUAAAACUGCGCCUCAGAAGGUUAGAAGACAAGACUUCAACAAGUUGCAUGACAUAUGUGGAAAAAUCCCCUGGAUCCUGGUUUCUGUCAACAUUUUGUUGUUCUUAUGUAUUAUAGGAAAAAGAAUCUCUGCAGACUGUUUUGAUUUGCAUUUUUACCAUAAAGAUCAGAAUUGAUUUGUCUUGAGUGUGAAAGGAAAAGGAGGAGCGAGGGCGUGCACAUCAGUCGAACAUGCAGCCUAGUUUUGGACAAUCGCACAGUGGCCUUUCUCUCAUAGGUGGUUGGAAACAUUUAAAGAUUCCUGAACAGAAACAYGGAGCCGAGUCCAGUUUCACCAGAACUUAAUCACACAAAGAUGAUGUCAGAAGGUUUUAUUCAUUUGUCGUGGCCAUGAAUGUUAGAUUACAUUGUCUUCUUCCCCUUGGCAGAAUCGGUACAGUUUGUUUAAAUCAAUUGGUUUCCUGGUUUCAGACCCGGCUUUUAAUGAAACUCCACAAAUGUUCCAUCAGGUUUAGAUUGGGUCUUUGGGCAGGUUGGUCCAGAAUCCUAAUAUCAGCUGAUUGAUCCAAUCAGAAACCAGUUCUGAUGUUUGGGAUCACAGUCCCGUUUCAACCGUCCAGCUGUUGUUCUGAGGUGAAGGUGAAGAAUGGAGGUAGUCCCAGUUCUAAGGUCUGAAAGUCUUACCUGGACUCCUCCAAACRUCUUUCUUGUCUCCGUCUUUGUCUCGUCUGUCCAUCAAACCUUUCUCCUGGAGACAUUUGUCUCGUCCAUGUGGACAGCUGCAGAUCCAGUCCUCUCGGUCCAUUUGUCCCCGAUCAUUAUCCAAGAAGAGCUUCCGUCUUGUCAACAGAACCGAACUUCUGCACAGAGAGCAGAGGUUGUAGCCGUGAAGUGAAUUAGGGUUGGUAACGUAUCGCUCCGCUAACAUUUGUGGCCAUGAUGAAUGGAUGAAAACCUCUGAAAAGCCAACCUAAAAAUCUGUUGCUAUUAACGGAAAGAGCUGCUGUUUGUGACAGAUUUUACAGCACCUUCGAGUGCAAACAGUAAAAAUGCUUCAGAAGGUCUUCAAUCUGUUUGACUGGAGGUUAAUUUGUUAAAGUUUUUCAAAAGCAACCUUGCUUUUGCACUUCGGGAUUCAAAGGAAUAGAAGGAAAAAAGAUAUAUCUAAUGAUAAAAUUUAUCUGUAUAUUUGUACCGAGUAUAAAUCCUCUUAUCUGUAUAGAAAUGACUUCUAGGAAUCAAUCUGAGUGUAGCAAAGAACAGGUCUCACUAACAGUUUUUAUUAGCACUGUACUGUUCUCCUCUCCUUGUUGCCUCUCCUUCAUUUGCACUGACCCAGUAGCAUCAGACAGGUGAAAGCUCAACUCAGCAACUGGUAUACACCAUCCAACAUGUAUACCAUCCAACUGGUUUAAACCAUUCAACUGGUGUAUACCAUCCAAGUGGUGUACACCAUCCAACUGGUUUAAACCAUUCAACUGGUGUACACCAUCAAACUGGUAUACACCAUCCAACUGCCAUGUACCAUCCAAUUGGUGUGUACCAUCCAACUGCCAUGUACCAUCCAAUUGGUGUGUACCAUCCAACUGCCAUGUACCAUCCAAUUGGUGUGUACCAUCCAACUGGUGUGUACCAUCCAACUGGUGUACCAACUGAUGUACACCAUCCAACAGCGUUAUACUAAGGAACUGGUGUACACCAUCCAACUGGUGUACACCAUACAACUGGUAUACACCAUCCAACUGCCAUGUACCAUCCAAUUGGUGUGUACCAUCCAAUUGGUGUGUACCAUCCAACUGGUGUACCAACUGAUGUACACCAUCCAACAGCGUUAUACUAAGGAACUGGUGUACACCAUCCAACUGGUGUACACCAUACAACUGGUAUACACCAUCCAACUGGUAUACACUAUCCAAUGUGUAUAACAUCCAACUAGUGUACACCAUCUAACGAGUAUACCAUCCAACUGGUGUGCACCAUCCAACUGAUGUACACCAUCUAACAUGCACCAUCCAACUGGUGUACGCCAUCUAACGUGUAUACCACCCAAACUGGUGUGUACCAUCCAACUGGUGUACACCAUCUA